AUGGCAGCAACAAUGGCUAGUAUGAGUCUUUCAACUCCCCGAGUAAUUUUCAACAGACCAGAGUCACUUCAAAAGUGUCAACCCAUCAGGUUGGCACCAGUUUUCAUGCUCAACCAAAAGAGAACCGGCACAGUGAGUUCGGGCAGGAUGUUAAGCAUUAGACCCGUACGUGCAUCACCGGAUAGCAUAACUGGAAAGGUGGAAGAGAGCAUAAAGAACGCAGAGGAGACAUGUGCAGGAGACGCCACUAGCGGUGAGUGUGUGGCGGCUUGGGAUGAGGUGGAGGAACUGAGCGCGGCGGCGAGCCACGCCAGGGAUAAGAAUAAGGGGUCGGACCCUCUUGAGGAAUACUGCAAGGACAACCCGGAGACUGAUGAGUGCCGCACCUAUGAUAACUGA